AUGAUACAAAACAAAAAACGCGGGCUUUUUCGCAGCACCAGCCGUCUUUUCCUACGUCCCAAUAACGAGAAAGCUGCUGACCAAGCUUUAAUUAACGCGGCUUUUAUUCGUGCCAAGGCAGCUGUUCAAUAUGAUGCUGAAGGCCAAGUACAACUAGCUUUGGAAGCCUAUGCCGAAACAAUUGGAUUACUUUGUCAAGUAAAGCAUGAGACCACUACUACACCAUUACAGCAUAUUCAUGAUGCUUAUGCAGAUCGGAUUGUCGCUUUAAGCACCGCACAUACAAUUGGUGAAGAGGAAGGGCGGACACCUUCCCUUUGUAGCAAUAGCCAAGAUUCGAUCACACCACCCUCCUCACCACUUGCACCCUGUUGCCCUAGUGAUAUAACACCGCCACCACCACAAGUAGAAGAAGCACAUGUGAUGCCACCUCGAUCAUCAUCGCCACAUCCUCCUUCACUUACCGAACACUUGUAUCAUUGGACAUUGAUGAAAAAGCUACGACAAAGUAUGAUCGAUGGUGGAUACAUCACAAAUCGAUUGUACGCUCCCAAAGAGUUGUGGCAUCAACCCGAGGUUGAGAUGCUCCCUGACUUGGACAAGAAGCUUGCUCUUGCUGAAUAUUUAUUGUCUGUUCUCAAAUCCACAAGACAUGAUCCCCUUGACCCCGCUUUAACAAUGCAGGAAUUACAUCGACUUGAAACGGCGCUUUACGUUAAUCCAUCCGAUAUCGGCAACGCAAACACUGCUACAUCAUCAACCGGUAGCACAAGCAACAAUGUAUCCAGCACAAUGGCAUCAGCUGCAUCAAGUAUUAAAUCUACCAUGGGAUCCAUGCAACAUUGGCGAGCGUCAUGGAAAUGGUCCAAACGACCUGUUGAAAUAAUACGAAAUGAGCGAUCCAUAGAUGACCGAUAUCCAAUGUACAUUCGUACCUUGAUCAAACUAUUUUCGACUGCCCAGUUCCUUGAUGGCUGGUACAGCGAAUACAGCGAUCUUGUUGCCGUGUCUCCUGCAUCCACUGUUGACAUCUAUCAGCGUAUUCUUUGUAAAAUCAGCAUGUGCGCUGAAGCCCUUGGCCGAAUCGUGUGCACCACUGUGCUCGGUGAUUUCCAAGUUAUUUGGGAUGCUUACAUGGCAAAGAACAAUCGAUGGAUCGACGAUGAUCUGUAA